UCUGAGAUCACUCCGAAACUUUCAACCACACUCCAUAAUGAGGUUCUCUGCGUUGAGACGCCGUGCAGUUAAUGCAGCAAGGAACUACUUUCACAGGGAGUGGGACAUGCAUGCUGUGAUAAACUUCGACGAGGUCGCGCCGUUCAUCCGACGCCACCUGGUUCAGGUCUACUUAUGUCUGCUUGGUGCUUCAGUAAGUUUUGCCUUAGGAUGCUAUUUCUGUCCUGGUCUGACUAGUGAAAGACUUUUUACCGUAUUUGCAACCUUUGUGAUCAUCUUUUGCCUCUACAAAACAUCCCCAUGGCAAGAGAACAGAAGGAUCUGCCUCUUACUUACUGGUGCAUUUUUUGGAGGGGCUUCAUUUGCUCCUUGUUUUACCUGGCUCCUUGGUGUGGAUACAGGUUUUGUAGUUGCUUCGAUUUGGGGUGCUUCUGUGGGCUUUUGCUGUUUCGUGGCAUCAUCCAUGUGGACAAUGCGCUUCGAUCUCGUCUAUUACGUAGCUCUGCUCCUCUGUAGUCCUCUGGUCCUGAUAGGAUUGCUUAGUGCUUCAGCUGUUUUUGGUGGCGACUCAGCGCGUUGGACGUUUCAGCUACACGCAGGGCUUCUGUGGUUUAUGGUGUAUGUGGCAGUGUAUAGCCAGGAGGUGGUGCUAAAAGCUCGUAGUGGAGAUGUCGAUUACGUGAAGCAUGCAAUUACCCUCAUCACCGAUUUUCCUGCUGUCAUUGUUCAUGUGAUGAAAUUACUGAAGAGACAGGUUGGGUGAUUCUCCAAGGACCACGCAGAAUAUUAGCAAAACAUACAAACAAUUAGUAUAAGCAGAUUUUCUUAGAGAAAUGCAUCUACUGUUAGCGAGAUGCUAUUGUUUGCAAUAAUGUGAUGAAAUUGUAAGGUCGGAAGCUGAUAAGCAUUCUUCCAAGAUGCUGGUUACGCCAAUGCUCCUAAGUCCUAACUGUAAUUUCUUUCACUUACACACACAUAUGCAUCAAAAUCAGGAUCUUUAGUGCAUAACUGCAUAUACGUUAGUCACGAGGAGCUUUCCUGAUUUAGUUUUUCUAUCUGUCAAAUGAUCAUAUGUUCCAUAUGCUAUUACCUUUUCGAGUUGCGGAUACACACUUGUUACAAUAAAU